AUGACUGGCAGCAAAUUGAUUGUGGACAAGGCCCUCCGUGCCGCGACGCAUUUGGGUUCGGCCAAGCUGCCCUCGGAAUUGCUGGCCAAAACCGGUGCUACUGCCUGGUUGUCGAGUGCCGCCGCCGGUGGUGUGGCGACGUUGCCCGAUUUGCCGUACGACUACAAUGCCUUGGAACCUGCCAUUUCGGCGGAAACCAUGACAUUGCAUCACUCCAAGCAUCACAAUACGUACGUCACCAACCUCAAUGUCGCCAUGGAAAAACUCGAUGCCGCCGUCACGGCCGGAGACGCUUCGGCCAUUAUUGGACUCCAAGGCGCUCUCAAAUUCAACGGCGGUGGACAUAUUAAUCACACGCUCUUUUGGGAAAAUCUCGGUC